UUUGCUUGGUCCCAUGCGGACAUGACUGGUAUUGAUCCUAAUAUUAUUGUGCACAGGUUGAAUGUCGAUCCCGACUACCCUCCAAGAAAACAAAAGCGAAGAAAAUUCGCCCCAGAAAGGAACAAAGUCAUCAACGAUGAAAUCAAGCAACUUGUGGACAAUGGGCUGGUCAGAGAGGUUCAAUACCCAGACUGGCUAGCCAACGUGGUGGUCGUAAAGAAAAAGAACGGGAAAUGGCGAGUGUGCAUAGACUUCACAGAUCUGAACAAGGCGUGCCCUAAAGAUUCUUUUCCACUACCCCACAUAGACAUGCUUGUCGAUGCUACAGCCGGGCACGAGUUACUUAGCUUCAUGGAUGCGUACUCCGGGUACCACCAGAUACUGAUGCAUCCAGACGAUCAGGAGAAGACGUCAUUUAUGUCCAACAUAGGCAUCUACUGUUACAAAUAUAUGCCAUUCGGACUGAAGAAUGCUGGAGCAACCUACCAACGUUUGGUCAAUAAGAUGUUUGAAGAACUAUUGGGAAGGACAAUGGAGGUCUACAUAGACGACAUGCUUGUGAAGUCCCUACGAGCGGAAGAUCACAUUGACCACCUCCGACAGUCUUUCAAUAUACUUCGUGAGUAUAACAUGAAACUUAAUCCGACUAAAUGUUCAUUUGGUGUGACUGCGGGUAAAUUUCUUGGCUACAUGGUGACCCAAAGAGGAAUAGAAGCCAACCCGGCCCAAAUCGACUCCGUACAAAGAAUUGCAUCUCCAACAUGUAUCAAAGAUGUGCAAAGACUUACUGGAAGGGUGGCGGCCCUUAGCCGGUUCAUCUCAAGGUCAUCAGAGCGAUGUCACCCAUUUUUCAACACGUUGAGGAAAUCUAAAACGUUUGAAUGGACACCGGAAUGUGAGGAAGCACUCAGCCAGCUGAAGCAGUAUUUAACAAAGCCGUCGCUUCUAUCCAAACCAAAAGACGGUGAAAUAUUGUACAUGUAUCUAGCCGUGUCAGAAACAGCAGUCAGCGCGGUCCUAGUUCGUGAUGAUGAGGGCAAGCAGUCACCAGUCUACUAUGUUAGCAAGUCAUUACUGGAUGCAGAGAUAAGAUACAGCCUACUGGAGAAAUUAGCCCUAGCACUCGUUCAUGCAGCAAGGAAACUCCGUCCAUAUUUUCAGUGCCAUCCGAUAGUGGUCCUCGCCACAUAUCCUUUGAAGGCCAUCCUCCACAGACCGGAGCUGUCCGGCAGACUAACCAAGUGGACGGUCGAGCUAAGCGAAUAUGACAUAUCUUACAAGCCGCGCACUUCACUAAAAUCACAGGUAUUGGUCGAUUUUAUAAAUGAUUUUACGCCUAACCUCUCGAUACAGGCAGACAGAGAGAUUUGUUGCCUCACCGAGGACGAAGCGCUAGGGGCGUGGAAGCUCUUCGUGGAUGGGUCGAGUAACAGACAUGGAAGUGGACUCGGGAUAGUCCUUUCAUCACCCCAAGGUGACAAAAUGGAACAAGCAGCCAGAUGUGGAUUUAAAGCAACCAACAAUGAAGCCGAGUAUGAAGCAAUGCUAGCCGGUCUUGCCUUGGCCAAGGAGUUAGGAGCCAAGAAGAUCAACGUCUUUAGCGACUCUCAACUGGUAGUAAAUCAAAUGCAAGGAACCUACCAGGCUCGGGACAACAAGAUGACAACCUACCUAACCAAGGUGAAGGAGUUGCAAUCCGGCUUCGCAGAAUUCACAAUCAAUCAGGUACCCAGAGAAGACAAUAGCCACGCGGACGCCUUAGCCAACCUGGGCUCAUCCAUCCAGACUACCACCUCCAAAACCAUUCCGGUUAUCUACCUUCAAUGGCCGGCAGUCUGGAAGCAAGAAGAAGAACAUGUGUCAAACAUAUCAGACAGACGUACCUGGAUGACCCCGAUACUAGAAUACCUGGAGCAAGACAUACUCCCGGACGACAAGAAUGAAGCACGCCGAGUAAAGGCUCAGUCUGCUCGAUUCUCCAUCAUCCGAGAAGCAGAAAUGGUCUCAGCCGAACUACAUAAUGGAGAAUGCGGGAAUCACUCUGGCGGGAGGAGCAUAGCUCACAGAGCUUUAACGAGUGGAUACUAUUGGCCCACAAUGAAGUCAGAUUCGGCCGACUACGCCAAACGAUGUGACAAGUGCCAGCGGUUCGCCCAAUUAUCUCACCUUCCACCUGAACCAUUGAUCUCAAUCACGUCGCCAUGGCCUUUUAUGAAGUGGGGGAUGGACAUCGUGGGAAAGCUACCCAAGGCACCUGGACAACUGGAGUACAUGCUGGUCGUAACAGAUUAUUUCACCAAGUGGAUAGAAGCCGAGGCGUUCCACAAAGUUCGUGAUAAAGAGGUGAGAGGAUUCAUAUGGAAAAAUGUGAUAUGCCGAUACGGAAUACCAAAAGAGAUUGUCACCGACAACGGCUCCCAGUUCAUCAGCAACGAUUUUCAAGAUUGGUCUUUCCACAAGGUUGUAAUGAGGCUAGGGUGCAUAGGUAGGAUAAACAAAAGUGGAUAA